AGAAUUAACAGGGAAAUGAUGAAAUCUUUGGUGAAAAAUGAUAGGCUGUCUCAAAAUCUGAUUGGCAGCCCUCUUUCUUUCUCUGUCUUCUCUCAAAUGUCUGCAGCUACAGCAACCGCAGUUGUUGCACUGGUCAACCGCACAACGGUGACCCCGGAAAAUUCCAGGCUCCGACCCGGGCAUCUGUUCACCAAGAAGCUAGUCCGCUUCAGCAGAUACUAUGCGCCACAAACCCAAACCCAAAAGAGAACUUCUCAUUAUUCCCUCACCGGAGUCAAAUCCCGUCGACCCUUUACUCCCGUCAUGGAAUGGCAAGAUUGCACGGUAAAGAUGGAAAUUGAUGUGCCAAUUUCAGUUGCUUAUCAAUGUUACUCCGACCGUGAAGCCAUUCCUCAAUGGAUGCCCUUCAUUUCAACUGUAAAGAUUCUGGAGGAUAAACCUGAUUUAUCACGAUGGUCACUCAAGUAUAAAGCAUUUGGGCGUGAUAUUGAAUUUGCUUGGCUUUCUCGAAACAUGCAGCCUAUUAUAAAUCAGAAAAUCCACUGGAGAUCUCUGGAGGGUCUUCCUAAUAGGGGAGCUGUAAGAUUUUUUCCUAAAGGUGCUGAUUCUUGUAUGGUAGAACUUACUGUUUCAUAUGAAGUCCCUCAACUGCUGACUCCAGUCGCUUCUGCCCUGCAACCUUUUCUUCAAAGCUUGCUGCAAAAUGGUUUGGAACGGUUUGCAAAGUUCGCUAAAAGCUACUCGGUUGAAUCGACCACGUAAUAUCCGGGCUGGUCAGUUAAUUCUUCUGAUUCCUUUGUAUGCAAAAUGAAAUAACAUACAUGUAAAGAUGAAUACUUUAUACUUUGUAUAAUACACUACCUACCUUUUCAAUUGUUUCACUGUAUGUCAUAAUUCUA